GUUGAGGAGUUUCGGCAUUGUCGUAUCAAAAUAAAGUGAACAUUCGUUUGACGGCAACCGUUUAGACAGGGCGCGUUUUAUUUUUAUUGUUAUUAAUAUUAUUAUUGCGCGCGAGCGAGCGAGCGGUUACCGCGGAACCUGCUGCAGUUUUCCCAAGAUCUUCUUCGGGGGUUGAUACUUUUUUUCGGGUGGCACACACUAAACUAACUGCCGCCUAGUAGUUUUGCGUGCUGGCAAUAGUAGUUUUGGCACAGAGCACAACAACUACUAUUGUUAUUGCCUGUGGCGCGUGCGGUCGGUCUUUGAGACAAUUUUUAUCGGUCAUUAUCGGUGAAGUGUUUACGAGUGGCGAAAGAUAUAACAAAAAAAAUCGUAGAUCGACAAGUGUUUUGGAAAUCUGUCUGAUAUCUGUUUUUUUUUCUGAUUGGGUUGAUCCCAGUCAGAUUGUUGUGGAGGAAAACAGUUAUUGCUCGAAAGUUCCCAAAAAUUGAUUGAUUUUACGACUGCUGUUGCAGUCUGAAGUGACAAGUGACAAAUCGAAAAUUGUAUUUUUCGAGUUUGCUGUGCAUUGGGAAAUAAUGAAAUAUCGUAAAAAAUAGCAAGUUACUGGAGGGGUAAAAAAUACACGUGUGAUACUAUUUCUAGUGCGUGGAGGAAAAGUAACAACAGUUCUGUGCUAAAAGAACGAAGCAGGCGCAUAAAUUCCAAGUAUUUCCCGUACACUCAGUGUUGGUUGUUAUGCAAUAUGUGUGUAAAAAGUGUGCGACAGUCAUAUGAAUGAAAUUCGCUGCUGCUGCUGAACGAUCCAAGUAGACUUUUGCUGCAGGACACACAGGACAAGGACAAACAGGGAACUCGAAGUUUGUGGUGUGCAAUAAUUGUCGUGAAACAAGGAGCGAGUCGAUAGGAAGGUUUAUUUUGGGCUAGGAUCGGAACGGAAACGGCUUCAAAAUUUUGGCCAACAUGAACUCGUACUUUGAACAGACCGGGUUCUACGGACACCCGCAUCAAGCGGCCGGUAUGAUGAGCUCAACCGGAAGUCAUCACGAUCAGACCACGGCCGCGGCCGCUGCAGCCUAUCGUGGUUUUCCACUGUCGCUCGGAAUGUCCCCGUACACCAAUCACCACCUGCACCAGAGCCGAUCCGGACAAGAGUCGCCGUACGAUGCGAGCAUACAGGCCGCCUGCAAACAGAUCUACGAAGGCUCCUACAAUACCAAGGACUGCGGGAAGACCGGAGGAAGCGGAAACGGAACCACAGACACCACCAAUGGCUACAAGGACGUGUGGAACUCGGCGGCCAACAAUAGUGCCGGAAAUGCCGCAGCCACCGGAGCCAACGUACCUGCCCAACAAAACAGCUCAGUUCCUGUCCGACCCUCGGCCUGUACCCCGGAUUCCCGCGUCGGAGGCUACAUUGAUGCGUCCGGAGGCAGCCCGGUCAGCCGGACGGGUUCUUCCGCAACGGCCGGAGUCACUGGCUCCUGGAACUCCCAGCAAUGCACACUGACUGGAUCGACCGGUGGCCAAACUGCACCCACAACCGGUCUCCAUCAGACUAACCAUACCUUCUACCCCUGGAUGGCUAUCGCAGGUGAGUGCCCUACACUAAUGGGUCCUAAGUGA